AUGAGCGUCGACUAUAAACUCGCCAACAUCUUUGGCACGGUUUAUACGCAGGGCAAUCUGGUGUUUACGCCUGACGGAACCUGUGUGCUCAGUCCCGUGGGCAACAGAGUUAGCUGCUUCGAUGUGGUGAACAACAAAUCGUUUACCUUCACCUACGAGCACCGCAAGAAUGUGGCCAGAAUAGCGAUCAACAGCAAAUCGACGUUGAUGCUGUCCGUUGACGAGAACGGCAGAGGCAUUCUGGUGAAUUUUCGCCUGCGCACAGUGCUACAUCACUUUAAUUUCAAAGACCCUGUCGCCGCGGUAGAGUUUUCUCCCGACGGAUCCCACAUUGCCGUUGCAAGCGGGCGCCAGAUUCAAAUGUGGCGCACUCCGUCGGUGCUAGACGACCGCCAGUUUUCGCCGUUCGUGAAACGCCGCACUUAUACCGGCCAUUUUUCCGAAGUAACCUCGAUCCAGUGGUCCAGCGACUCUCGAUUCUUUUUGACUGCCGCCAAAGACAUGACGGCACAUAUUUAUUCUUUGCACUCUGAUGAUGCAGAAGCAGCUUCUACGUUGGCUGGCCACCGGGAUGCUGUUGUGGGUGCGUUUUUCAGCCAGGAUCAAGAGACUAUCUACACCGUCUCUAAGGAUGGUGCUCAGUUUGAGUGGCAGUACGACGAAGAGGUUGAUAGAUGGGUGAUUGUGGACAAGCACUUUUUCAUGCAAAACGCUAAAGUUCGUUGUGCAGACUUCCAUGCGGCCUCAAACCUGCUGGUUGUUGGUUUCAGUUCCGGGCUGUUUGGGCUGUACGAGCUGCCGUCUGGAAAUAUGAUCCAGUCACUCAGCAUCUCGCAAAACAAUGUCGACUUUGUUGCAAUCAAUAAAACUGGCGAGUGGCUUCUUUUCGGAGCCUCAAAGCUCGGCCAGCUUCUGGUUUGGGAGUGGCAGAGUGAGACGUAUGUUUUAAAGCAACAGAGCCACUUUGAUGCCCUCAAUGCUUUGGAAUACUCGCCCGACGGAACCAAGAUUGUGACAGGUGCAGAUGACGGUAAAAUCAAAGUCUGGGAUGCCAAGUCCGGCUUCUGCAUUGUUACAUUCACCCAACAUCAAGCUGCCGUCACUUCGCUGGUGUUUAGCAAACGUGGCAAUGUCUUGUUUUCUGCGUCGUUGGACGGAUCGGUAAGGGCGUGGGAUUUGUUGCGCUACCGCAAUUUCAGAACCCUCACUGCCCCGAAGCGUUUGCAGUUCACUUCUUUAGCGGUCGAUGCCAGUGGUGAACUUGUUUGUGCUGGUUCAUUAAACGAUUUCGACAUUCACAUCUGGAACGUCCAAACCUCACAGUUAGUUGACCGCUUGAGUGGCCACGAGGGUCCUGUUUCCGCACUCGAUUUCUCUCCUGACGGCUCGUUGCUUGCUUCGGGAUCCUGGGAUCACACAGCUCGUAUGUGGAAUUUCUUUGGCCGCACUGCUGUUUCUGAGCCUAUCCAGCUUCAAACUGAAGUUUUGGAUUUGCAGUUUUCUCCAGAUGCUUCAAAUAUCGCGGUCUCGACCAUGGACGGCCAGAUCUCAGUAUGGAACGUCAAGUCCUCUGAUCAAGUCGCGAUUAUUGAUGGCCGUAAAGACAUUGUGGGUGGCCGACAUGCCGCCGACCGCUUUUCUUCUCAGAACUCUGCUCGUGCCAAGCAUUUUACAAACAUUUGCUUUAGCUCGGAUGGUAAAAUGCUGCUGGCUGGCGGCAACUCGAAACACGUCUGUUUGUACGACGUAGCCAACCAGGUUCUCUUGCGCAAAAUCACCAUUUCCAAAAACAUGGCUCUCGAAGGAACUCUCGAGAUGCUUAUUUCCAAAAAGAUGACUGAAGCGGGCUCUCUUGAUUUGAUAGAUACCAAUGGGGAAAACAGCGACCUCGAAGAUCGUAUUGAUGACACGCUGCCUGGUGCGAGCCGUGGAGAUCUAUCUGCGAGACGGGUACGCCCUGAGAUUAGAACCAGUGGCAUCAAAUUCUCUCCAACCUCUGCUAGCUUUAGCACUGCCUCGACUGAGGGCCUGCUUGUCUAUGCCAUCGAUACCAAGGUGCAGUUCGAUCCCGUCGACUUGGACGUGGAUGUCACUGUUGAUGCUUGCAUUGAGGCGUUGAACCGCCAUGAGUUCCUUCAAGCGCUCAUUAUGGCGUUCAGACUAGGCGAGUCUAUGCUGCUUGACCGGGUCUAUCUUAGCAUUCCUAUUGAAGACGUACCCUUGGUUGUUCGCGACCUCCCCCAGGUCUAUAUCAAACGUCUGCUUGUGCUGUUGGGCGAGAAAGGCCAAGAGAACCCUCAUAUUGAGUUUAACCUCUGCUGGUUGCGCUACACACUCGAAUCACAUGGCCGUUAUAUCGCUGAUAAUCGUGCCGAUAUGGCUGCUGCUCUCCGUGACGCCCAGCGGUUCAUUAUCGCCACAAAGAAGGUCACUACUGUGGCUCAGGAAAACGUUUAUCGAGCUAAUGCUCUCCAAGUGACAGCUGCGCUGCCUGCUCGAGAGCAGUAG